CGUAAAAUUAGGGUUUCGUCUCGCUCUGCAGAAUCAAAAUCAAUCGGGAUGGAGAACAUUGACCUUGACAUGGUAAUCAGCAUACCUGACACACCAGAUAGACCUGUACAUCGUGCUUCUGCUGUAACCAGAGAGGUUAACAAAAGACCACGUUCUCCAGAAGCACCCGUUAGAUUUCGAAGAGAAGAACACCGUCAUCAUCACCCCAACGGCAGAGCUAGACCAGUCUCUGAAGCUUCUACCGAGCACCUACAUCAUCGCUCUCGUGCUUCUGGAAGCAAUGCUCUGUUCAGGAGAACAGCAGUUGAGAAGGAUAAAGGGAAAUCCAUCUGCACUGAUCCUUCCCCUGCUCGGGUUGGGGAACGUGAUGGACAUGCUCUGUUUACUACUGCAUCGAGAUGCUUGCCAUCUGAAGAUGUAAGAGAAGUGCGGCCAAGUAAUGGUUCUACUCCUAAUAAGGGUAAAGGAGUUGUAGAGUGUGGCUCUGAUAGAGAAACGAUUAAUCUUUCCAGUGAGAAGAAACCUGUUAGAGGCACUAGGAGACUGGUGAGAAAUGGGUGUAUAUCUCCACAUGCAAUAGCAGCUAGAGCUAGACAAGGUGUUGAUGAUACCAAUACCAAGGAUAGAGUUAGUGUUGAACAGGAACUAGCUCUUGAAGCUGCAUCUUCUAUUGACAUUAGGGACAUUGUUUCUGAUAGUCAUAUUCGCGGAAGAGCUAGAGAAAAAAGACCAGAAAUCCCCCCAAGCAGGGUGGCUAGUAGAGAUGCCUCAGAGGGAUGGGUUAGUACGCGCGGCCGGAGUUUAAAUUUCGACCAUGAAAUGGAUAGGAGGGAUGAGAGUGACGCACGUGGAACUUGUAGUUUCGUUUCAGGACUUGAUGUUCAUGAAACAGGUGCAGUUGACAGAGAAGAAGCUAGACCAAAACGGCGACGGAAAAAUGGAGUUACUCCUUCGAGGGUUGAGACACAGGCUUCUGUUACUGGGGAACCAUCUAGCUCAAGGCCACAUAAUUAUCAAAGACGAGGCAGACAAGUGUUGGAAAUUGAAGAUUCAUCUCCUGAUGUAAGGGUCUCCCGGGCUUCUAGACGUGUUGAAAACGAUGAAUCUGAUGUGAAAGCAAGACAGAUAGAAGCAGAUGAGCUGAUGGCUCGUGAACUGCAAGAACAGAUGUACGCAGAAUCGACAAUGAGAAGCGAGCAGAUGGACGAAACCAUUGCUAGGUUGAUGGAAGAAGAAGAGAAUACUCUCCGUGCUUCUUCUAGCCGUGCUUCUACUCGUAACACCAGAAGCUCUAAUACCACUGCAGCAGAUACAAGUGGGAGUAGUCGCGUGGAAGAACGACCGCAACAGCAUUCAUCUCGGAGGCGAAUGAAUCCUCCACAGGCUCGUCUUGCUGUUGGAGCACCACGACGGGCUAGAGCUCCACAUUUAGGCCGUGCACGUACAUCACGACACGGAGCUAUGAAUUUCAAUUUUCCAAGUAGCAUGGGCGUAGAGUUGAGAAUGGACUAUCUGGAGCAUCUGGAGAAUGUUAUUGGACACUCCAUCAACAAUAGUAAUCUUCUUCACAUGGAUCGUGACUUUACCGAAGAUGAUUACGAGUUGCUGCUAGCUCUUGAUGAAAACAACCAUCAACAUGGGGGUGCUUCUACAAGUCGCAUUAACAACUUGCCAGAGUCCACAGUUCAGACCGAUAAUUUUCAAGAAACAUGUGUAAUUUGUCUGGAAACACCGACGAUUGGAGACACUAUCCGUCAUCUUCCUUGUUUCCACAAGUUCCACAAAGAUUGUAUUGAUCCGUGGCUAGGACGGAGUAAAGCAUGCCCGGUUUGUAAAUCCUCCGUCACUUGAGCAAGGUUUUGCAGCCAUACAGAAGAAUGUUUACAAAAUUACCCUCGUACCCUUCUCGACCGGAUGAUUUGAUUCUGGGGGCUAUUCUCUCCGGAAUCAUUUUGCUGAUAAGCCAACAUUAUUUGUCACCGUCGAGUUUGAAACACAUUAAAACUGAGGGUUUACUACUGUUUAUGCCCGAGAAAGUUGAUUAGUUUGUUGUGUGUUUAAUACUCUUCUAGCUAAGAGCUGUUCUGUAGAUUAAGCAGUUGAUUUUAGUUCUGUUAAUUUACGAUUAAUCUUGUUUCUAUAUUACGCCUCUUUCUUCUUCCCAA